UAUAAUUUUCCGUUUCCUUGAUUUUUACAAUCUCUCUGUCCCUGCAUGUAUGUUCUGCAAUCCCAUCACAAAGAAUAACGAACAGAGCGUAGAUUCCACGCCUCCCUUAUUAAAUCUUAAUUAAUUUGCUCACAAUUUUAUCCCCUUCCCGUGCUCUAUUAAUUGUUAUCGCCACACACUUCACACUCCUUAAUUGUUAUCUCUCUCCCUCUCUCUCAUAUGGGAGACACUGCUCCCUUCGUCCUCUCCCCCAAAACACCGUCCAUGUCGUCGCUGUCGCCGUCGCCGCACACAACACUUCACGUUGAACAUGCCGCUGCCCUCAAAGACUCCGCCCCGGCUCCCGAUGCCGGCGCGGCCUUCGUCCUCGAAUCCAAAGGGACGUGGUGGCACGCGGGGUUCCACCUGACGACGGCGAUCAUGGGGCCGACGGUGCUGACGCUGCCGUACGCGCUGAGGGGGAUGGGGUGGUGGCUGGGAUUGGCGUCGCUGACCGUGGUGGCUGCGGUGACCUUCUACGCCUACCUCCUCAUGUCGAGAGUCCUCGACCACUGCGAGGGCCACGGCCGCCGCCACAUCCGCUUCCGCGAGCUCGCCGCCGACGUCCUCGGGUCGGGAUUUAUGUUCUACUUUGUGGUGUGUGUGCAAACGACCAUUAACACGGGGGUGGCGAUUGGAUCCAUUUUGCUCGCGGGUGAUUGCCUUGAGAUAAUGUACUCGAGCCUUUUCCCAAAUGGCCCUCUAAAAUUGUACCAUUUCAUCAUCGUGGUGACGGUCGUAUUGAUCCUUCUCUCCCAGUUGCCCUCUUUCCACUCUCUCCGCCAUAUCAACCUCGCGUCGCUCCUCCUGAGCUUGGGCUACACUUUCUUUGUCGUCGUCGGUUGCAUCCGCGCAGGUGUAUCGCGAAACGCUCCGCCAAAGGACUAUUCACUAAGCUCAUCCAAAUCCGAGCGGUCCUUCGACGCAUUCACCUCCAUCUCCAUCUUGGCGACCGUCUUCGGCAAUGGGAUAUUGCCGGAGAUUCAGGCCACAUUGGCUCCUCCGGCGGCCGGAAAAAUGGUUAAGGGGCUGAUAAUGUGCUAUUGGGUCAUAUUCUUCGCCUUCUAUUCCACGGCGAUAUCGGGUUACUGGGCAUUCGGUAAACAGGUCAGCUCCAACGUCCUGAAGAGCCUUAUGCCGGAUAACGGGCCCUCGCUCGCUCCCACGUGGCUUCUGGGCAUCACGGUGAUCUUCGUCCUCCUCCAAUUGCUCGCCAUUGGCUUGGUAUACUCUCAAGUAGCCUACGAGAUUAUGGAGAAGAACUCGGCCGACGCAAAGCAAGGCAAGUUCUCGAAGCGAAACCUGAUCCCGAGAAUAAUCCUACGAACACUCUACAUGGUCUUCUGCGCGUUCGUGGCCGCGAUGCUACCCUUCUUCGGUGACAUCGCGGCGGUGGUGGGCGCCAUCGGGUUCAUCCCUCUCGACUUCGUCCUCCCGAUGCUCCUCUACAACAUGGCCCUCCGCCCGCGGAUGAGCUCCCCCGUCUACUGGGUCAAUGUAUCUGUCAUGGUGUUAUUCACCGGCGUCGGGAUCACCGGUGCCUUCUCCUCUAUUCGGAAGCUCGUUCUCGAUGCCAACCAGUUUAAGUUAUUCAGUAAUAAUGUCGUAGAUUGAGCGCGUUCCCAGUAUGUGAUCGGGUGAUAUUCGCCGGUCGGCUUGUACUGUAUGUAGUUUGUACAAAAUUCAAGAAUCACGUACGGCUCUUGAUUAUUUGAGGAA